CAUAAGAUUUGUUGAUUGGUUCUCAAAUCUCAACGCCAACUCCAGCGCCCGACUUCUCAACCGAAGGCCAAAGCCGAAGUCUUUUUCUGGAUUCUCGACCCGAACCGCACGCAGCGGCCGCAGUACGUCACCCGGGGGAAACUUGUUGGCCUGUUUUGUUUGCCCUUUUCCGGGAGGUGUUGGUGGCGUGAGAAUUGCCAUUCCUGAAAGGCUUCCAUUUUAGGAGAUCUCAGGCAUCGCGCCACCAUAGGGCAUAGGGCCACCGCUUCACUUUUUGUCUGCGGAGUGGCUCCGGUUUUGGGUUCUUCAUCUCCUUCCGCUCUCUCUCAGUUCCAUGAUUCAUAGGAAUCUGAGAUGAAAUGAGAGGAGAGGGACUGUCUAGGGAUUGUUCUCAGUCCAGACCUUGCUCCGGAAAGAAAACAUUACGAGCCUGCAAGAUGAAGGACAAGAUUGAUAAUGUUGUGGUGAUUGAUAUAGACAGUGAUGGAUAUGAUGAUGUGAGUAGCUUUGAUGUUCCCAAAAAGCAAAAGAAAGUCAGUGAUAUUCCUAGGCUUUUCCAGCAAAAACGAAGACCUUCUCAUGUGCUUAGGGAAGGAAAUAGAGUGUCUUUUGAGGGGGCGAUAAGCAUUGAUGAUGACGAUGACGAUGACGACAGGGACGACGAGGAUGAUAAUAACUUAAAUUUUAGAAGUCGUAAGGUGGAUCCAUCUGGAGUUCGUGGUAACCGUAAUAAGAAUGUGAGGGUUGAUGGCAUGCCGAGUAGUUCCACUUUUGGCAACACACACAAGUUCACAGUUGAUGCUGAUGAUGAUUGUGAGUUCAUUUGGUGCAGAAGAUCAACUGACUACCGUCCUAAACACAAUAAACCCCACACUGAUGAAUCUACUUCUAGGAAUCGUUUUGGCUACUAUUCUGAUUCCGAGAGUGGUUCAUCUGAAAGUGACUCUUCUGAUUGUGAAAUUUUGGAUGGUUCUCAUGGAAACCCUUGGGAACAGUGGGAAAAAGCUUCUAAGAGGCAGAAAUCUAAUAUUAGUAAGGAUCAAUCUGGUGCACAGGAUACAGAGGCUUGCUACAACUACUCUACUGACACUCGCCAAAAUGCUGAUUUAGGAAAUAGCAGUAGACAAACUUCUUUGGAUGAGGACCAAGAAACUGGUAGAGAACAUACUUCUGCAUGUUCUACACCGGGUUUUCCUGCACCUGACCAGGAUAACCAGAAGUUUCAGGAUAAAGAUCGUUCUUCUUGCGAGGAUGGAGUUUUAGGAAAUGUUGAUAAUCUUGGUAAAUCUUCUGUUCAUAAAAGUCAAGAAAGCCCACACAAGGCUGCAUGUAGUAAUGGUAUUGCUUCCAAAGGUGUAGAAGAACUUGCCCCGGUUGAGAACUAUGCUCAAUCAUCUGAUGAAAUAUCUGAGAAAUCUGGUCACCAAGAUAUGGAGAUGCCACAUGCUGAAGAAGUUCCCCGCAGAGAUCAGCUUCACACAACAGAGAACAAGCCAGAGACAUCAGGAUCAGAGGAAGUAGAGAAGACAUUCGCUGAGCCUGUCUCAGAAUUUCAACAAUGUGGUGAAACCAACCAAUUAUUUGCUUCACCUGUGGAUGCUUUUCUUUCUCAAGGAAACAUAAUUAAUGAUAGAGAAAAGCUGAAGGAGACCGAGGAAUACAAGCGAGCGACUGAAGAGGAAUGGGAAGCGAGGCAUCAGCAACUAAGAAUUCAGGCUGAAGAGGCACAUAGAUUACGUAAGAGGAAAAAGGCUGAAGCGUUGCGCAUUUCAGACAUGGAGAGAAGGCAGAAGGAGCGGCUGGAAGAAAUGAGAAAGACGCAGAAGAAGGAUGAAGAAAACUUGAACAUGAAAGAGAGACUCCGUGUUCAAAUGAGGAAGGAUCUUUCACUGUUGGAAAGUCGAUGCUUUGAUUUGGCAUCAGUGCUUCGUGGUCUAGGGAUCGAUGUGGGUAGUGGCUUCUUUCCACCUACGUCACGUGAGGUGCAUGCCGCUUACAAACGAGCAUUGCUGAAGUUCCAUCCCGAUCGAGCUUCGAGAACUGACAUUCGUCAACAGGUCGAGGCCGAGGAGAAGUUUAAACUUAUUUCCCGCAUGAAGGAGAAAUUUUUGCCCGCUUCACUCUGUUGAUAUGAACGACGUGGAGUUUACUCUUAUUUCUUGCUAGGAGAUUGUUUGGCCAUGUUAAGAUGCCCAUUUGCCAGUGGAUUACUUCCAGUGACGCUUAUUACGACAGCUUGUCUCGGCAAGACGAUCCGUACAGACAAGGUUUCAUAUUGGUGAAGCUGUUUCAGUUAUAGAUAGGUAGGGAGGUUCCUUUCCAUUUUAACAUUGGUGUAUAGACGCACUUGGAAGAGUUGAACAGAAUACAGUUGCCUCAUUUCUCGACGCAUAAGUUUAGCUUCUGUUCAGGCAUCAAAUGGUCGAUAGUAAAUGACCUAGUUUCGGAUGAGAUUUUUUCGAGCCUAUGACGUGCUG